UUCAUUGCAACGACUCGUGCGAAAAUUAAUUCUAUUAUCAUGACGUGUCUAGUUAACUAUUUUACAUUGCUAGUUCUGAUCUUCCGAGUUUAUUCAGCACCAAUCCAAUCCGGCGAUACAAAGUGUAAAAUUCCGAAAAAUGUUCUGGAUGCGAUUCAAAAGGGAAUGUCUGAUAUUUCCAAACCAUCAAAUUCUGUUGAAAUUCCAUCAACAGAUGCAGUUGAUGUAAAAUGCAAGGAAGAUGUUAAAUCUAUAUUAGACACACUUAAGAAGCUCAAGGAAGAAUAUCAGGAAUAUGAAUCCAUGAAAAACUCUGAACAAAAUGUUGAAGAUUUGAAGACAGCAUUUGAAGAAAAAAUGGAUCAACUGACGAAACAGAGGGAUGUAUUUUUCAGACAGUCUGGCCAGGAAAACAAACAGGAGCAAGGAGUUCUCCAGGAUAAAAUUCACAACCUUAAGUUGGAGAUCGUUAAGAUUCAACAGGAAAUUGAACAAACCACCAAACAGUACUGGGAAGAUGUUUUCGAGUUGAUGUCCGUUAUGAAAGACGACGAUCGUGCAACGUGGGAGAAAUACGCAACCGAAGUGAGAAAGCAUCGUAUGCGUGACUAUUUUAAACAUUUGAUUGUAACCAAUGCAGACAAGGAAACUUUCAAUCUAUCUUUGAAGUAUCUGGCUGGAUCGGAUCAUACGAGAGCUGUAGUUGAUGCAGUAGUCUGGAGUCUGAAGAUGACAGCUACAGGUUCUGACAGGCAGCACACGUCGACAGCAAAACUGAUGCUCUUGGAUGUUUUGUGUUGGCUGAAACCAAAUAAAAAUUACUUUAGUUCUUAUGGUUUUACACUGAAAGGUGCAGUAAAACCGCUUUUCUCUGGGAUUGGUGAUAAAGCGCUUCCUAAGUUUGUUGAAGAAAGUAAGAGAUGCCAGACAGAUUUAACGAGUGAUCUGAACAAUCUGCGUAGCUGAAUGAAUUUGUGUGGAAAACUCUGCUAAAUACCAAUUCAGACAAGCACAAAUGAGGUUCGAUAUCUAAAAUUGCAAAUAGUGUAAUCAGCGAUGAUUAAAAAUAAAAAUAAAAUGGAGUGCCUACUAAUAUG